UCAGAGGGACAGGCGGCUAUGGGGGGGGGGGGCUGUUACUCAGCUCUGGAGAGGCGGGACUUCUGCAGAGUCAGCAGCGGGGCCCAGUUUCAUUGCAUGCUGGGUACGGGUAGUUUUAUACAGAGCGUCACUGAACAACUGCUACAAAAAGAACUACAUUACCCAGCAUGCACUGGGUACUCAGCCAGGAAAAGGGUGGUGCCUCUCGUGCGAGUCGGAUGGAGGGACAAGGAGUAGACGAGCCCCAAGUGCUCGGGGUACAAGGAAUUGGCGGCAGCUGAUUGGCGCAGGAGAGAGACCAUGGCUGGGGACUGUCUGACGUUGUGGUUGGAGGAGAAUAAUGUCAUAGUCAGCCAAUGGCAGGGUUCCACAUCGUGCGCAAAUACCCCCACCGACAAGCAGAAGCUGCAGCUGUGCCACGCAGACCUGUACCGACUACUACAGAAAAUACAGGGGUUACCGGCGUCACCCCGAAGCCUCCCCCUAGAGAUGUCUGUUCUGUUCAACGCGGUGAUUUGUCACAUUAGCGCCACCGGCAGGAUCCACGGAGAACACAACAAUCACAUAGCAGAGGCCCUCGUUAGAGUGCUGGCAGUGGGCAGCCCCGGGGUUACCGAGCAGAGCAGUGCGGAGCUGUGGCAGAGGGUACUCCGUGGUGGAUAUGCCCCGGAUAUGGCGGCUCCCUUGCACAGAGUGGCGGGCCUGCAGGGGGCGCUCUGGUUGGCAGAGGAGAAGCUGCAGGAAGUUCAUGACUUGAUUUCUUCACUUUUGCACCCAGAGGAUCCUGCAUGUAGUACCCACAUUAGAGCAGAGGAGAAGCUUCUGGCCGUGCUGAGAGCAUGGAGGGUGCCCAGUGAGUCGGGGGAGAGAGCGCUGGUUGUGCAGCCGGUGCAGCAGCUGAGAGACGUCCUUUACACCUCGGCAGCCUUCCUGCAAGGUAUCCGUGCCAUGGAAGCCUCCCAACUCCCUUCUGCCAUCGACCUCCUUAGAGAGGCAGCGGAAAGCCUGUGCUCCAGCCGAGUCCUGGCCCAAAUGUACACUUGUCUGGGCUUCUGCUUUCAGAAACUGGAGAAGCCCCAGACAGCCCUGCAGUAUUGGAAGCAAGCCCUGCAGUUGGACUUCCGCUGUCUGGCCGCACUCCAUCACAGCGCCGCUCUAUACAGGGCAAUGGGCAACGUGGAGGCAGAACUGGAGGCGCUGAGCUUGCUCUAUAAGGCUUUACUGAGUCCCCAGCCGGAAGCCGCCUCCUCCUCUACGCAGGCCUGUUUCCUGAUUGGCACAGAGCUGAUAGUAAAAGCCCCCAGCCUGACCUGCGCUGUGCGGUCUCCGUCUCCCUGGAAAGUGAAGUAUCUAACCGCAAGGAGCUGCCUCGCAAGCAAAAGGGGGGAAGAAGCAGCGGAACACUAUUUGGACCUCUUGGCUCUUCUGCAGGAUGAAGCCCACCAGGAGGAUUUACUCCCCAACCCUGAUCCUGCCCCCAGGAUCCCAGAGGUGUUUCUUGAGGCUGCUGCCAGUCUUGUGUUGGAGAAACGAUGGCAGGAUGCCAUGACAGUGUGUGAGGAAGUCCUUGGCAGAACUGCAGAGCUGAUACCUGGGAGCCUUUCUGUAGAUAGAACACAAGGCAGCCCAGCGGGUAUAGCGGAACAGCUGAACUGUAUCUUAUGGGCAUCGGCUGCCCACCUACACCAAGGCCUGUCCCAGGGGCUGCUGGGAGAUCACAAAGAGGCAGUCACAGAAUAUACCAAAUGCAUCAAUUUACUUGUGAAGGUGCAAUUUACAAACACAGGGGCUGGCGAGGAGAUGGAGACUGACUGGCACAGUACAGAGGAGGCAAUGCUGUGUGUACUGAAGGCUGCAGCGUUUCUGGGCAGAGGCCGCCAGUUCUUGGCGCUGGGCAAGCAGAAGGAAUCACUUGUGAAUGUGCAGCUGGGCCUACAGGUAUCACCAGCUUUCCCUGGGGCAGCACUUACCCGGGUCGGACUCCUGCGCACGUUGGGCAGAAGAACGGAGGCCGCUUCCUACCUGCAGAGAUACCGGGGGGAGAGGGAAUCCUUAGCUGAGCAGUGGGGGGCGCUGAAACGGGACUUGCCCCUGUACCUGGAUCCGCACAUCGGUGACCCCUUCCCUGCACACGACUCUCUCACGGGAGAACUAGACGAGAGCGCAGAAGAGAUGGAAAGUGAGGCCGCAGUGUAGCAAAUGGCACAUAUUAUUGUGUUAUUCCAAUGGAUUCAGGCCACUCGCCCAGACUGGGAGUAACUACAGCCCUGACUGCCCUCCUGUAGGAGUGGGACUCUCCGGCUGCCCAAAGGGACAUACACGUACAUUGUGCCACUGGCAGAUAUCUGCCCCCCCUUAUCCCUUGUAUAUAGGUACCCGCUCUGGCACUGAGCAGGAGAAGCACAAGGCAUGUCAAACACAUUAAAGAUGGAAUAUAAUAUUAUAAUAUUCUUCUACUAAA